CCCUAAUUGUAUUUGGACUGGGUCAGACUUCUUGUAAUGAACCGCUUAUCACUGCAACCCAAGACAGCACUCUCUUGCCUGCUGCUAUCACGUAGCAGCAGAAGCCACCAGUUCAAGCUUCUCCAUGCAUCUCAAAUCGAUUUCCCGUCCCGCACGGUCUCUCUCCUCUUACCACAUGAUUCAAUUGUUGGGGGGGAAAACGGGUUGUAAUGAGAUGUGAGCUAUCACCUCGCAAGUGCUGGUGCCCGCACCUUUCACCUGAUUCCACCUCUUCUUUUGUUUGUGCUCACCCCCUUCCAUCUGCAGCAGCUGGGUCCUAUCUUUCCAUCCCACUCUCUGGUCUCCGUAUUUGGCUGAUUCUUUAGUCCCUGAGUGGUUUUCUUUUCCUGCCCUCACAUCCAUAUCACCAUCUCUUUUGUCUAAUGUUUCCUCUGAUUGGUCUUUUGUCUUUCCAUUCCUCUCCUCACUCUCUUCAGUACUUUGAGACAGAAGAGAAGAGAGUGAGAAGCUUUUGGCCAGAAGGAGUGCACAGACAUCUCUUUCCAUUCAUUUAUCUAAUUGUGAAGUGUUUUCUGUUCAUCCACUCCAAGCUUUUGCAUACUUUGACACAUUCAUCUCCUUAUCCAUCUUCUUCCAAGUGUCUGGCAUUUUUUUCUCUUCACACAUCUUCAUUCUCCAGUUUUUUACCCUUCAUCAUCCCAUUCUCUCCAUUGUCAUUCUUGCACCGUGGACCUAGGAGAUGGAUUGCUAGAGAAGAUGGUGGACACCAGCCCCUCUGCCUCCUCCGACUCUUCUUGGACAUCAUUUGACUUUAGCACUGACCUCACAUCAGUCAGCUCUGACCAAGUCUCGACUCCCGUGAGAGCUCCCAGUGGCUGUGAACCAUUCGAGGUCCAGCACCCAAAGAUGUCCUCUUCAGUCGAGGUCUCUUCUGAAGCGCGAAUCAGGAAGGUUGCAUGGAGGGAGACAUCUUUUCUCGGAAAUGAUGACCAUAAGAACAAAAUGUCUGGGUGGCCGCCCCCUGGCCCAGGCUCCUGGGGUGGACUGCAGGGGCCUCCAUACAGCUGGGACAGCAUGAACAGCACCAGGGAGGGACGGGACUGCCUCACCAACCAAAUGUCCCAGAACAGCUCCCUGGAGGAGGUUCACCUGGAUGGGGUCCCCCCCGCCCCUCGCCUGGUGGAGAUGAGACGGGACCCAGUCCUGGGCUUCGGCUUUGUGGCAGGCAGUGAGAAACCGGUGGUGGUCCGCUCUGUCACGCCAGGUGGUCCAUCAGAGGGGAAGCUGUUGCCAGGCGAUGAGAUCAUCGUGAUCAACGAUGAGCCCGUCAGUUCGGCUCCUAGAGAACGAGUCAUCGACCUCGUCAGGAGCUGCAAAGAAUCCAUCAUGUUGACUGUUGUCCAACCGUAUCCCUCCCCUAAAUCAGCGUUCAUCAGUGCAGCCAAAAAAGCCAUGCUCAAGUCCAAUCCGGUCAAAGUGCGCUUUGCAGAGGAGGUCAUUAUAAACGGCCAGGUUCCAAACCCGGUGAAGGACAAUUCUCUUCUGUUCAUGCCAAAUGUCCUGAAGGUCUACCUGGAGAACGGGCAGACAAAGUCUUUUCGCUUCGACAGCAGCACCUCUAUCAAGGAUGUCAUCCUGACCCUGCAAGAGAAGCUGUCAAUCAAAUGCAUCGAGCACUUCUCCCUCGUAUUGGAGCAGAGGAUGGAGGGCUCUGGAAGCAAACUGCUUCUUCUGCAUGAACAGGAGAUGCUUACUCAGGUGACCCAGAGGCCUGGCUCUGACAAGAUGAAGUGUUUCUUUAGAGUCAGCUUUGUGCCCAGGGACCCCGUGGAGCUGCUCCGGAGAGACGCUGUGGCAUUUGAAUACCUCUAUGUACAGAGCUGUAACGAUGUGGUCUUGGAGCGGUUCGGCCCGGAGCUGAAGUACGAUGCUGCACUACGAUUGGCUGCAUUGCAGAUGUACAUCCUCACCAUGACAACCAGACAGAGCCAGAAGGUCUCCUUCAAAUACAUCCAAAAGGAGUGGGGUCUGUCGCUGUUCCUGCCUCCGGCCGUGCUGUCCAGCAUGAAGGAGAAAAACAUCAAGAAGGCUCUGACACACAUCCUCAAAACCAACCAGAACCUCGUGCCUCCAGGGAAAAAACUGACUGCUUUGCAGGCUAAGGUGCAUUACCUGAGGUACCUAAGUGAACUCAGACUCUAUGGAGGGAGGGAGUUCAAAUCAAUACUUUUGCAAGGGGAUAAACAGACAGAGGUGACACUGUUAGUGGGCCCACGUUACGGCAUCAGUCACGUCAUCAACACCCGGACCAACCUAGUGGCCCUAUUGGCUGACUUCAGCCAUGUAAACCGCAUUGAGAUCCUCACUGAGGAUGAGACCAACGUCCGACUGGAGCUGCAUGUUCUGGAUGUCAGGCCCAUCACACUGAUCAUGGAGUCGAGUGAUGCAAUGAACCUGGCCUGUAUAACAGCAGGCUACUAUCGCCUCCUAGUGGACUCAAGGAGAUCUAUCUUCAGCAUGCCCCACUGCAAUAGCACUGGAGGGGAUGACACUAGUCAGGAUCGUGUCCUGGAGUGGCCAUACAGCACAUCUUUGGGGGACAAUGAGGAGCCAUCACCCAGCCAGGGAGAAGUCUACAACAGGGACUCUGAGUAUUCAGACAAUGGGCAGAGAGAAAACAGCAUCUCUCCUUACUUCCAUGAACCCCAAAACCCUGACAGAGAUCUUGGGACACGGAGAAGUCCAUUGCCCCCUCCUCUUCCACCUGCUACCAGACACAAACCUCAAGACUCACCUCGGAGCGCCAAAGUGUCAUUUAUUUUUGGAGGGGACCCACCGUUGAACAAGGCUAAGAACUUAGGCUAUGAAAGACUGCUGGAGAGUCCUGAGGUACCCGAGCACAGACCGCCCUACUUGCACAACAACACAGACUUUCGACCACAGCAUAGGGUGCCAUUUCAGUUCAGCGGUCUGACGCAUGUCUAUAGUAACAUUAUAAGUGAGGAAGGUGGUGAGGAGCCACUGCUAAGGGAUCUGUUUUAUCGUGACACAACGGACGAUGCAGAGGAUGAUGACGAUGCUUCCUGCGAAGAAGACUCCACAGGGGGGACACCAGUGGGUGACAACAGAGGAGGAGGAGAUGAAAACUGUGGUAACCAAGGAGGAGGGUUAGCCACGGCAGCCAGCAAAGCUACCUUUCUAACACUUUCUGGUUCUACUGACGACAUCAUCGACCUGACGUCACUGCCCCCUCCUGAGGGAGACUACGGCGUUGACGAUGAUGAAGACGACACACUGCUGCAGACACUCAACCUUGCAAUCGCAGCUCCACCACCAGGCUUUCGGGACAGUUCAGAUGAGGACACAGCACCCGAGGGAAGGCCACUAAGCACGCGUGACAAUGAUGAUAUCCCAGUAUCGUUAAUUGAUGCCAUUCCAACACACGGGGAGGGGGAAGGGAGCAGGGGAGGGGAGAGAAGGCUGGAGAAUGCGGUCAUGCACACUCUACAGGCACUGGAGGCUCUGUCUGUCUCUGAACAGAGGCCUCCCCCGCCACCACCCAAUAGUAACAAUCCAGGUGUUUACACAUCUCGAGGCUUUAGCCCAGAGUCGUCCUCAGAUUCUGGCAAUGAGACCAACUCCUCAGAGAUGACUGAAAUCUCUGAACUGGCUGCUACUCACAGGCUCAGUGAGAGCCACAUGCGUCUUCUGGUGGCCACAAGGGAAGGGUACCAACCUUUACUUGAGGAGAAAACAGAAUUCCCUGUCUCACCCUGCACAGGAGGAACAAUACAAAAGAAACCCCGUAGUCCAACACGUCAUCUUCAGCCUCCAGCAGUUCCUCCAAGACAGAGUCCCCAGUUGGACACCACAUCAUCAGGGCCAGACAGCUUGGAGGUGAGGUCCCAGACUAACCUCGCAUCCACUCUCCAGCGCCCAAGUUCCACCACACCAGGAGGCAAGCAUCACAGAAAGUCUGCAGACUCCAGUGGGAAGUAUAACACCUUCAGCACAAGGGAAGGGCAUCGAGGUGAGAGUAGUGGGAGCCGCAGCCGUCUGGACUUGGACCAGCGCACCUCAUUCUGUGAGCGAGGGGAAAGUCAAAGAAGACAGAAUUCUUUUUUGGCAGAAAAUUCUGCAGCCGAGGGCCUUGGAAUGAACAGCCUCCCCUGUGACCAUCACAGAAUUCCCCGCCCUCUUUCCUCUACCUCUGAUCGCCUGUCGGAUGUUGUCACCUUGGGGGACUGUGGUGAAGAUAAUGGAGCUGCCGUCGUUGAGCAAGAUGAACAUCUAGUUGUAGCAUCAUUGCUGUCCCCAACCAAGAAAUCCAGAUCAGGUGGGUCAGACCAGGGAUCGGACAUACAAAGUGACCAUCAGCCGAUUUCUAGACAGCAGAGUGUUGCAAGGUUGUGUGAGUACCAUCUAGCAAAAAGGAUUUCAAAUUUGCAAGGAGAAGCCCACAGUUCACUACAGGGUUCUCUGUGCUCAUCACUGGAUGCUGGUGGCAGCACGAACAGUAGUGCGUGUGCAACCCCAACUGACUCACCACUUGGCCCUGGUGCGGUUGAAUCAAAACACCCCCAUUUGCAAAGGCACCCACUUUCUAAUUCCUCCUCCUCCUUACUCAGAGUGCUAAACUAUGAAGAUAACAAACCUGGAAUCCCUCGCAGUAUAACUGGCCAGAGCACUCAGGGAAAAGACCUCCACCCUCAUGCAGACCCGGCGCUCCUUCGGAAAAUGCUGCCCAACAUUCACCCUCCUGCUCCCGGGGCUGAACCAGGCCGCCCCUCCUCAGCCACACCGUCUAAGCAUAAAGAGACCACAGGUACUGGAAGCAAGAGGCCCCACAAUGAUCUGCAUGCUAAACAGCAGGCUUGUUUUAAGGGGAUGAACCAGAAGGAAGGCAGUGAGGCCUACAGACAACUGAUUAACUAUCUAACAGUCAGCCAGAUGCAUCAGGGAGGGAAGCUGCACAGUGCAGGCAUGGGAGGGGCAGUGAAAAAGGACACCAGGCGCUUUAUCACUAGCAACCCUCAGCUUGUUGAAAUGGUUAAGAAUAGGGGAAACACCAUUGCUCGCUGCCCAUGUAUGCCUUCCUCCAUAUCAUCCCCAUUCCUCAGCCCAAAUUUAAUAACCCCUAAUGCAGCUACCAUGCAGCUGGCAAAUAAAAAUCCACGGUCAUACCAUUCUGCAACACUUCCUGCCAAACUCAAGAGAAGUCCUGACAUGCAUGCUCAGAGACGGAAUGACAGUCUAGAUUUCAGGCCAGCUACUGCUGAGAGGAGAAGCUCCUUUUCUGGCCUGGAAAGUGAACUAGAGAGGAGUGGUAUGGACCCAGAUCAUUUCCUGUCACUGUAUAAGAGAGAAGGCUGUAUCAGCCGUGAGGGGGGAUUCAUUACAGGUGGAAACCGCGAGGGUGGGGGUACCACUAAUCGUCCUCCACCUCGAUCAAGAAGCCAACCUAGUGGCAGCACAGAGGACUGGUUCAGAUCAGACCCGCGGGCAAAGCAUGCAGUUCGUCAGUCUCCUCGUCCUAAUGAUUCUCUUUGUUUCUCUGCUGCCCCCAGUGUAAGUGGUCAACGAGCAGACCUCAACACCAUCUCACUCGGAAGGGGAGACCACCCUUCAGCUUUUAUCAGGCAGGCAUCUACUGGCACUAGGGUUUGCAUUGCAUCUCCAAUUCCCAACCCACAAUCUCCACCACCUCCCCCACCACCUCCUCCUCCUCCGUUGCCUCUUCCCAUGCAAGCCAAUGCUGGCUCCAGCAACUCAGGAUGCACACAGGAUUCCAUCCAUUCCAGCCAGUCCCGGCAGAAUCAGAACCACAUUCAGGCUGUUGCCCCAACCCUGUCACAGACAGAUCCCUUCAGCAGUAACCUGCAGCGGGGCCGGGAGCUCAAACGCAGCUCCAGCAAUGUGACUGCCAGUUCUGGUAGUGUGGAAGUUCUGUUUGAUAAGCCCACCCGAAGCCGGAGCCAGCAGCCCUUGUCACCAUCUGUGCCCCAGCAAGGUGAGACCAAAGUCCAGCGGAGGCCAACAAGGAAGCGGCUCUCCAAGAGCUACUCCCAAGGCUCUGUAUCUUCCCACACCACGUGCUGGUCUACAGGCUGUAGGGUAGACAGUAGAAGGGCAUCUGUGGCGUUACCAUUGCAGAAAGAUGCUAAACACAUGAAGGGCUCUCAAAAACUGGACACCAGUCCCUGGAGAUGCAAUGGACCUUUUAGCUACUGUUUCUUUAAACGUAAGAGUGAGGGCGAAGAGGAUGAGAUUGAGUGGGAAAGGCCCAGACGAAGCCGUGGUGGGAAGAAUAUUGAUAAUGACGGUGGCACUUCAUCAGCCAUGUUGCCCUAUGGCUCAGCAGUGGAUGCAGCUGAGGAGCAGCUGUAUGGGGAGGUCCUCAAUAAUAUGAGCUUUAGUGACCGUCUUGCACGAAUCAACGCACUCAAGGACCGCAUGUAUGGCUUCCCUUCUGGGUUCACUGAUGUGCGCCGUGAUGCCAGUGAGCUCAUUGCACUGGUGAGAUCCAGUGUAGGUCGCUGCGAUCGUGGAGCCCAGAUGCCUCUCCAGGAUGUAUCCCAGUACAAGCAGCUCCUCUCUGUUGAGUCGAAAGAAUUAGGCCGGGCAUGCCGGAGGAUGGCACAGGCCCACGGUAGUCCUGAGGAGAUGCUGCUAGCUGUAACUUGUAGCUUCCAGGUGCUAUGCUGUCUCUGCGAAGCUUGUAUGUGUCUGGUUAGGGGGCUUGGAGCCUCAGCCUCACACCAACAGAGAGAGGUUGUGGCAAAGGUUGACGAGGUUGUUAUGAACUAUAUCUGUUUGCUCAAAGCAGCUGAGGCUGCUGCUGUGGGAGCACCAGGGGAGCACAGUGUGAAAGCCCUGGUCCGCCACUCCAGUACCAUGUCGGCCAUUGCUAACGCACUCACCCGCUCCCUUAAAACACUGCUUAGCAAGUAGAGGCUACUCCUUAUGCUUUAUAGUGUGGCCUACACAGUCAGUAGAAGUCUGUCUUUAAGCAUCUUGUUAUUUUUGAGUCUGCUGGAAGAGUCAUAUUUUUCAUAUAAGAUCUGGACGGUCUCCAUAUCAUAAUCAAUAAAGUGUAAGACUUGUUGCAGUUAGACAUUAAAGUUACAUAAAACCCACACUGAAAAAUGAGUAAGAUGCUGAAAGGCAGUCCUAACUGAACGCACUUGCUUUUUCUGAUGACAAUAUCGUAAUGUAUAUUUACAAAGCCAUACUGUCACAGACCUUUGUAAUAUGAUAUGUACCUAAUAGAUACCCUUUUACCUGUGCAUUAUGUAACUUAUUUAAAAAUGUAUAUAAUGUACAUAAAUACAAUAUAAUUAUAUUAUUUGCCGUAGCAGUUUCAAGAAGCCAUUGAGUAUUCUGCUUAAUUUGCUCUAAUAUUGUACAGGGCUGGAGUGAAUUCACUUUCAGUUCAAUCAGUUCAUAAAGUGCAGUCUUACUACAGAUAUUUAUAAUUGUAAUUAUAAUAAUUUACCUGUAGAAAGGUAAAAAUGUGUCACAUGUCAGUCCAGUGAGGAAAUUGUUGCUAUCAUUUUAUUCACACGAUAAAUAUUAGGUUGAAUUUCUUGAAUUGACCGUGUAAAAGUGAACUGAUUUCAACCCUGUUACAUUACAAUUUUUUUGCAAGAUGACAGGAAAAGUUGUUAGAAAUGUAGAAAAUACAGGGACACUAAAAUUGCACUGCAUUUAACACUGCUUCAUAUUUUACCAUGUAGGUUAUUUUCAGAUAAGAAUAAUAAACAGUAAAUAAUAAACUAUUCCCCAAAAAACAAAAUAUCUAAAACUAUAUUAAUGCUAUAAUAUUAUCAAUUUAGAAAAUUUUUAAUUUAAGACAUAUUUCAGAUUGACCACUGUGUUAAUUAUAUCUAAUUAUUUUUAUGUUUUUGUGUUUUAUUAUCAACUGUUUUGGAAUAGGUUCUGUGCUUGAAUGAUUUAUUAUUCCACACAAUGUAUCAAGAUGCAGUUAUGUCUCUUGACAAGAAAUUCAAUUCCUGUUUGUUUUUCAAUAAUCCACCAACCUAUUAAAAAACAUUUUAUAGAUA